AUGAACAGUGCGCCGCCACCUUCGUCCUUUGACAACGAUGCCGACUUCUACGAGGAGAGUCGAUGGCAGAAGCUGCGCCGAAGAAUCGUCGAGGAACCUCUUAUUCCACUUGGUUGCGGUCUAACUGUAUGGGCUUUGUACGAAGCCACCAAAUCAAUGAAGUCUGGUGAUCACGCAAAAACAAACCGCAUGUUCCGCCGUCGUAUCUACGCCCAAGGCUUCACUCUGCUCGCCAUGGUCGCCGGCUCGGCUUACUGGGAGAAAGAUCGCAAGAAGCGCACCGAAUACAACGACUUGCUUGAAGAAAAGAAGAAGAAGGACAAGCGCGAUGCUUGGAUCAGAGAGCUUGAGGCUAGAGAUGACGAAGACAAGGCUUUUGCUGCCAUGAACAAGCGCUUGGCUGAGGCCAGGAGUGCUGAGAAGAAACGUCUGUCCGAAGCAGACGCCAGAGCCGUCGAGACCAAGAUUCAGUCUGAUACCACAGGCAUCGUCCGUAGUGUCUUGGAACCUGGCGAGGGCAGACGCGACUCUCCCCUUCUGAACGCUGCCAUGAAGCUGUGGCAAGCUAAAUCGUCAUGA